GAUGAGCUGAGCCUGCUGGUGAUCAUCGUUGACACAAACCCGAUCUGGUGGGGAAAGAAGGCGCUGGGAGAAGCUGAGUUCACCCUAUCAAAAUGCAUUGAUGCAGCGAUGGUACUGGGAAAUUCUCACUUGUUUAUGAAUCGCAGCAACAAACUUGCUGUAAUAGCCAGUCACACACAAGAAAGCCGUUUCUUGUACCCUGGGAAGCGUUGGGCUUUUGCAGAUCUCUUUGGUGAUGGUAGUAGUUCCAUGGAAUCUAAUUGCUCUGGCAGCAAGGAUGGAAAAUAUGAAUUGUUAACAGCAAUAAAUGAUGUGAUUGCAGAAGAGAUUAAAGACCUCAUGACGAAAACUGACAUGAGGGGCCAGCAGACAGAAACUCUCUUAGCAGGAUCACUUGCUAAAGCGCUUUGUUUUAUCAACAAGAUGAGCAAAGAGGUGAAAGCCAAUCAAGAAAUUAAAUCAAGGAUUUUGGUCAUAAAAGCUGCAGAAGACAGUGCGUUGCAAUAUAUGAAUUUCAUGAAUGUGAUCUUUGCAGCACAGAAACAGAGUGUUUUGAUUGAUGCUUGUGUCUUGGACACUGAUUCAGGUCUUCUACAACAGGCUUGUGACAUUACGGGUGGCAUAUAUUUGAAAGUGCCCCACAUGCCAUCCCUUCUGCAGUAUUUGUUGUGGGUAUUUCUCCCUGAUCAAGAGCAAAGAUCACAGCUUGUCCUUCCACCUCCUGUUCAUGUUGACUACAGAGCAGCCUGCUUCUGUCAUCGAAAUCUCAUUGAAAUUGGUUAUGUGUGCUCUGUGUGCUUGUCAAUAUUCUGCAACUUCAGUCCUAUUUGUAGUACAUGCGAGACUGCUUUCAAAAUAUCAUUGCCACCUGUCAUGAAAGCUAAGAAGAAGAAGUUAAAGUUAGCUGCAUAACAACGUUAUGUAAAUACAUCAUUACCUCCUCCAGUAAUUCCAUGAAAUGGAAUAUACUUGAGAAAUUGAUGGCACUUUUUAAGAACUGUAAGCAGCGUUACUACUUGUUUCUUGAGGGAAAUAUUUAAGUCUUACGUUUUCUACACAGCCCUUUUAGUAACAAAUCGCUGUAUCACCACGUAACCUGUGCUGUUUUAAAUACUGAUUCUUAACUACUGAUAGGAACCAG